AUGUAUUACAUCAAAAAAUUAAUACAAACAAAUAUUCCUGGAAUUUAUGUUAAAUCUGUAAUGCUUGGAAAUAAUGUAGUUGAAGAUGUUGAGAAAGGGUUUUUCUCUAAUAUGAAUGAACAAAUUAAUAUUGUUUGUGAAAUGUUGAAAGAAGAUGUGAACUUAUUGAAAGGAUAUAAUGCUAUUGGAUUUAGCCAAGGAGGGCUUUUUAUGUUCGUUUUUAAUUAA